AUGAGUGCGGACACCAAGUUCUGCUACUACAACAACUAUAACGUGAAGCAGCCGCGGUUUUACUGCAAGGGAUGCCAGCGCUACUGGACGGCGGGCGGCGAGCUCCGGAACCUGCCGGUGGGCGCGGGCCGCCGCAAGAGCAAAAACCGCGAGAAAGCGGCGCAGCAGCAGCAGCAGAUGGCGCGCGCCAAGGCGCAGGUGAAGCAGCAGCAGCAACAGCAGCAACAGCAGCAGCAGCAGCUCAGGCAGGGGCCGCAGCACGAGCCCCUGUCCGAAGGCCCCGGCAGCGAGGAGGGGGACGAGGGCGCGCCCGCGGCCCCCGGGCCGCCAGCGCCGCAGCAGCGCAAGCAGGCGCCGCGCCAGCGCCGCAAGCGGGCGCCUGCCGCGCGCCCGCAGCAUGAGGAGGGCGGCGGGGUUGAGGAGGAGCAGGGGCAGCAGCGGGAGCAGCAGCAGGAUGCGUCGCGCGCAGGAGAGAGGGACGGCGACGCGCAGGAGUCGGGCGCCGAGCCGCACCUGGCGGCAGCAGCAGCGGCCGCAGCCGCAGCUGCCGCGGCAGCGGCUGCCAGCCAGCAGCCUUGGGCGGGGAUGGGGGGAGCCUGCCUGCCGGGGCCGAGCGGCGACGACCCUUCGAUGGCAGCUGCGGCGGCGGCGGCGGCGGCGGCCGCGGCGGCGGGCAGCGACCCGUAUGCCUCAUACCGCCAGCUCACUGCCAUGCUGGAUCCCCUGGGGGCGUAUGCCGCUAUGGCGGGCGGGGGCGGCGGGGCGGCAGCUGCUGCAGCGGCGGCGGCGGCGGCAGCGGCGGCGGCAGCGGGAUGGCAGGGAGUGGGCGCUGGGUACCCUUUCGCCGGCAUGGGCGGGUUCGGGCAGUCGCCAUACGGGCUGCCGAGCUUCGGGCCUGGGAUGGAGUCGGCGGCCGCUGCUGCUGCUGCUGCCGCGGCCGCUGCCGCGGCGGGGCAGCAGCACGCAGCGCACGGCGGCCACAGCGGCGGCCGCUCGGCAGGGGGAGGCGGUCCCGAGCGGCGCCACAGCGGCGGCAGCGGCAGCGGCGGGGUGUACGCACCCGUUGCGAGCGUGGGGGCCGUGGCCCUGCCAGACAGCAGUGGUGCUGACCAGCCCUCGGGCUCGGAGCUCCGCGGACGGCAGCGGCAGCAUCAGCAGCAGCAGCAGCAGCACCGUGAGGUCGAGCGCCAGCGGCACGGCGCCGGGCGCUCCGGGGCGCCAGGGUCCCCCGCCACGUCGCUAGGGCAGGCGGGCGGCGCAGAGCCCGACGGGAGCUCGGGCGGCAGGAGGGUGCGGCCCAAAGUGGAGGGGGGCGCGCAUGCGUCCGGGGCGGCAGCGUCAGCGGGGCGGGUCGGGGACCCGACGCCUUUGCAGGACGGGCUGCAUCCGGUCGAGGCGAUCCAUGUUGACAGCACCCUCGCGCAGCAGCAGCAGCAGCAGCAGCAGCAGCCACUGCCGCGGUCAGACCUGCAUGAAGCGGCUGCUGAUCAGCAACAGCAGCAGCAGCAGCAGCAGCAGGCAGAGCCGACGGCCUCCGAGCAGCAGCGGCUCAGCACGACCGACGCGCUCAACAGCCUCGUGGCCGCCGCCACCAAUGGCGGCGCCGCCAUGGACCGCUGGCUGCAGCAGGCGGCGCAGCAGCAGUGGGGCGCGAGCAUCGCGGCUGCCGCAGCGGCGGCGGCGGUGUCGGCGCCGUCGGACAGCAGCCUGGUGCCGCUGCAGCAGGCGGCGGCGGCGGCUGCGCUACAGGCGCAGGUGCAGCAGGCGCAGGCGGCGGCGCAAGCCCAAGCGCAAGCGCAAGCCCAGGCAGCCGCUCAGGCGCAGGCAGCGGCCCAGGCGCAGGCGCAGGCGCAGGCGCAGGCGGCUGCAUUGGCUGGGCAGGCGCUUUCCGGCUGGGGCAGCGGCGGGCAGGCGGCUAUUGCAUAUUGGCAGCAGCUGAUGCCGUACCUGCAGCAACAGCAGGCGCCGCAACAGCAGCAGCAGCAGCAGCAGCAGGCUCAGGAUGCGGCCAUGGGCUGGCUGGCGCAAGCAGCAGCGUCUGGGUUUUCGCCUCGGCCCUCCUGGCCCGGCGCCUGGCCCGGGGUCAGCUCACUGGACCCCACAGCUGUUGCGCUGGGGGCGCUGGUGGCGCACGUCAUGCAGCAGGCGCAGCUGCCACCCUCGCAGCAGGCGUCGCAGCAGCAGGCCGCGCCGCAGCCCGCGGCGCCGCUGCCGCAGCCGCAGCCGCAGCCGGCGCCCUCGUCGCCGCUGCAGCCGGGGGCGGCGCAGCAGCAGCAGCAGCAGCAGCAGCAGCAGCAGCAGCAGCAGCAGCAGCAGCAGCAGCACGCUCUGUUGCAGAACGCGCUACGCGGGGGAACAGCCGCGGAAGGGGGUGCGCCCGCGAGUUGGUGGGUGCCUAGCGACCGGCCCGGCCCCAGCAACGGCGCAGCGGCGGAGCCGCCAAGCGCACCCCAAGGACCCGCCCCCGCCCCCUGGCCAGCCGCGUGGCCCGACCCCUGGGCGGGCCAGCUGCCGCCAGGCGGCGCCGGCGGCGGCCCGGACGCGUCCGCAGCGGCGGCGGCUGCGGCCGCCGCGGCGGCUUUCGCCGCAUCCCAGUACGCGCCGGGCGGCGCUGCCGGGGCGUACGGCGGCGGCAUGGGGGCUCUGGCGGCGAGCAUGGGCAUGAUGAUGGACCCGGCAGCACUGCUGAAUGCGUCUGCGGGCUUGUCAGCUUUCGGGUAUGGCAGCAUUCCCGGCGCAGCAGCCGCGGCAGCCGCAGCCGCCGCUGCCGCCGCGGCGGCCGCGCACGAAUCGGGGGGCGGUGGCGGAGGCGGCGUCGCGGGCGGCGGGACGUUCCGCGUGCCGCGGCCGAAGCCCAGCGGCUUGUCUGGGGGCAGCAGCAUUGGCACGGGGACGCCGGGGCGCUGA